UCAUUAUUAGCACGAUUCCAUCUUCCUUAAUCGUUACCCACACAGUAUAGGUAACGAAUUUUGAUAAUUUAUUAGAAUUUUUUUACUUUCUUUGUUGUAUUUCUCUAUAUUUAUUCUUAUAUUUCAUCGUUUUCUUUGUUUCUUUUCAUUCUUUUUUUUCCUGUUUUCAGCCAUUGUUAGAGUGUUUAAAACAAGAUCUAAUUCUCCAUUUUAAUGGCGGAAAGAGAUACUCCAAGCAGGAAUACUCGAGGUAGUCCUGAUGUUUAUGAUUGUCCUAGUUUCUCUUUGGGAUUUUCACAACAACAACUUGCAAUUGCAGGAGAAUCUGCUAAAAUUGAUGUUGAGAGAAGAAGCAAGAAGAUUCAUGACCCAUCAAGGAUGCGUCAACUUCAACCAACUGAAGUUGCAAAAUCGAGCAAGCGAAAAGAUGAUGUACCAGUCAAAAGAGGUUCUAAAGUUGCUCAACAAAAUAAGAGAAAAGUAACCAAGCCUUUUUCCGACGUUAAGGGUAAAAAGGUUGUUAAAGAUGUAGAUCUGGAAGAGGAUGAACAGGAAACUAAAUUCUAUGUUAAGAGUCAUCCUGAAGAGGCUCCAUCGAUGCAACGGUACACGAAUAUUGAGGUGUUCAAAGAUCUCAAGAGUAAGUUAACUGUUCCACAGUUAGAGAUCUUUUCCAAGACAAUAUUUGGGAAAUUCCUCAGAAUGCAGCACCUGGAGGUUCAAGCACAAAUUUUUAGGUGCUACAUGGUAAGAGAGCUCAAGGAGAGCACUUCUGAUUGCUUUACAAUUGAUAUAAAUGGUACUGUAUUGUGAUUUACCAUGAGAGAAUUUGCCCUUAUGAGCGGGCUAAAUUGUGUAGCCGAUGAAGGUCAAUUUACAUACGAUGAGGAAAAACCGAAUAGGAUUAUGGAUGAUUAUUUUGGUGGAACUAGGAGUAAAGUAAAAAGAUUGGAGUUGAUUGAUUGCUUUAAGAAUAAGUGUUGGGGAGAUAAUGAUGAGGACGCUGUUAAGUUUGCAAUUCUGUUUUUUAUAAAUACAUACAUCUUUUGCGGUGAGCCUAGGAAAACGAAUAUACCAAGGGUUCAUUUUGAAGUGGUUGAGGAUGGAAGGUAUGUAGAUUAUCCAUGGGGCAAAGAAGCUUUUACCGAGUUGAUUAGAAGCAUCAUCAAGAAGUAUUCUGCCACAACACAGUAUUAUAGGAUCCAUGGGAUGCCACUGGCUAUGCAAGUUUGGCUUUAUGAGUGUUGUUCAAGAGUUCCAUCGUAUCUCGCUCUUAAAUCCGGAAAUUCCACUCCAAGAAUGUUGAAUUGGAGGUCCAUUGACAGUCAGCCAAAAUACAAUAUUUUGAUGGAAGACAUU